AUGUCUCAAAAGCUUGAGGUGACAGUUGAAAUACAAUCUUUAGCUGAUAAAUUCUAUGACUUCUUUAAAAACCACAUGAGUGAUCUUGUUAACGUCUUUCCUGCAACUUUCAAAAGUGUUCAGCUAAUCGAAGGAGAGGAAGGUUCUGUUGGUUCUGUCAAACUUUGGAAUUAUGUUCUCGGAGGGAUUUCAAUGACAGCGAAGGUGAAGGUUGAAGCAAUAAAUGAUGUAGAACGAUCAAUAACAUUCGCAGUUGUGGAAGGAGAUCUUUUGCAACUCUAUGUAAGUUACAAUACCACACUUACUGCAAGUGACGGCUCUGUCAAAUGGUCUAUCGAGUAUGAGAAAGCUCUCGAGAUAGCACCCAUUCCAGAUCUCUAUGUUACUUUAUCUGUUGCAGUGUCUAAAGCGGUGGACCUUUACCUUCUCACUCAUUAG